UUGACGAGAAACGACUGCUACGCUACAAGCGAGAGAUGGAUCGUGAUGACGUGUCCGUUACAUCAUCACUAGCUGAGUUUGAAAAGCUAGAAAGAGAAAUCGACCAAUCAGGAUCAAAUAACUCCGUUGACAGGUUUGUUCACGAAAGCAAGAGCAGUGGUGGCAAAUCGGGGUCAGGUUCAGGGUCUGGUUCCGUGGCCGGAUCCGUGUCCUCUCUGGCUGAGUUUGAGAAAUUGGAGGCUGAAUGCAUGGGAGAUUCUGACGAGCGACGUAGCUCUGAAGACAGUUCGCUUCACAGGAGGAGCGAAACCUCGUCUUUAGCUUCGUUAACGGAAUUCGAGCGCAUCGAACGAGACCUUCUCAUGAGUAAUGAGCUAGAAGCCGAAGCGCAGAAAAUUGUGUCAAUCCUAGAAUCGGGAAAUCUCGAGUCUGCCCUACUUUUUGCGGCCGUCUACAGCGGUUCGGACGUCAGCGAAGCAGAAAGCAAACCAGACAAAGACAAGGAUAUGGAGCACGACUCUCUAAGCGAAGGGGAUAGGGAGGAAGAGCCCGAUUCGUUGGAUACUUCCGAAAUGACGGAUAUGACAUCCAGCGUCAUCUUUGCUGGACCCGACUUGACUACCGUGCAGCCAGGGACGAUGCCAGAGCUGGAUGGAGACUCUCUGGCAGGAGAGUGUAUCAUGCAGCUGUCUAGCGACUCUCUUGUCUUGACCCAGCAACUGCGCACCUCGGACUCGAGCAAAUUCGAGACAGAUUCUCUGUACGAGCAGGAGGACAUAUUCAUUCGCUCUACAGACUCGCUGGAAUUCGAGAAGCGUUCCGACAAGUGCGACCAAGACUCUUUGCAAGAGGACAUCAUGCAGGCCUCCACGGACUCGCUGGAGCUAGUACAGGUGGAGCACAUGCCAGAUAACAUCAUGCUCAUGUCCGUGGAGUCUGCCCGCUGGAGCAUGGCCAGCUCCGGCUGCACGGCCAAAUCGGCGGAGUCGCACACGGAUUCUCACGACUUCAUGCAAGUGUCUGUCGAUUCUGUGGAGGAUUUGAAGGCAUCCAGGUCCGAGCACACUUUGAAAAUGGAACUCUCCCAGACCGCUCAGAUCACCACUAAGAGUGCAAAGACAGUGAAGCCCCAUCCUACCAACCCUUUCCUUGAUGACGAAGGCAACGUUAUGCAAAGGGACACGUAUUCAGACGACGACGAAGAGGAAGAGGCAAAAGAGAAGGAGAGCCCGUUCAUGUCGUGGGGUCCGUACACAGAAAGGAAAAAGGUUUACACCAUGGCAGAGUGGGAAGCCAUGAAGAAAGAAAAACUGCGUGAAAGAGAGGAAGGGUACUACCUGCAUGGAACUGCGAGUACCGUCCCCACGCAGGCCACAGCUAGAGCAGACAGAUCGGAGGAUCGCAGCGGCCUCAGUGAAGAAGAGUCAGGAGAAGUGGAGGCCAGCGAGAGCUUUGGAGAAGAGGAGAUGCAGACACAUAGGCUACUGAUGAAGAAAGAGGUACACUCGAAGACGGUCAUCGGCCCUGACGGACAUGAAGAAACCUUCAUCCGUGAAGAUUCUCAGAUCCACCAAGACUCGGAACCUCCAGAGGAGCUGAGAGACUCUAUGCAGCAAAUCAUCAACCAGUUCAUGGAAGAUCCGACUGCUCCCGUGAUGGGUGGUGAAGACGCUCCUAAAGAGCUGGAGGAAGGCACAGAGGUCUAAAACUUCCAAACUUUGAACUCAAAGCCCACAUCUGGGCCGUUAAAAUGUAUAGAAUUUUCUUAUUCAGAUUCGAUAGUGCUGGCGAUACCAAACCAUUUUUGUAGUUUUUUUUAACGAAAUACAGCAAAGUAGACGUUAACUCCUUUCCUCACUCGAAAUUACACUUGAUGUAUUUAAUGUAUUCGGUUGUCUGAUCUAUGGCAUGGUUCUCGCUCUUUGUAGACUGGCCGUUAUGUGUCCGUUGAACCUCAGGCAUCCGUGUUCCGUUUCAGCCAGCUUAAAUAUUCUCUGAGUUAAAGCUAUCCAGAAGAAAAAGUGACAGGAUGGAUCAGUAACUUUUCCAUGCUUCGUUGAUUUUAAAUACACUCAUUUUGGAACUUGAAGUUUUUCUCUCCCUCGUGCAUUCCUUGGAUUGUUGAUUCUGCACUCACUUCCCGCUCCAUCCCCUGUACAGGUUGGAGAGAACAGUCGCAAAUUUUGGGAUCAAACACACUUGGAUCUGUCGUUGUGAAACUGGCAGUUUGUAUGACAUGACUGCCUCAAGGUUAAGGAAUGUUUCGUUUCGUUUCACUCGUUUAAUCUUUUUUCUAACGUGGAUGAAAUACCAACAGCCGCUCCAUGAAGAAGACAGCGAUAUUUUCCAUUACCGACGAAAGCUUUUCAUUACGAUCAUAGGCGUAAGUUAUAAGCAUGACCGUCAUAGCCUAUGAUGUAAUCAUUUUACCCUGACUGGUGAUUGACUCCCCAAGGAAGGGUAAAUGUACGCGGUUUUUGAGCAUGGAAUUUGAGAAAGUUCUCCCUCACUACUUUGCUUACAAAUGUACACGUUGCCAUGUGUAUUAGAAGUUUAAUCAUGUCUGUUGCCUGGGAAAAAAAUACGCUGACCUGUUUGCUCCAUCGAGACUGUUCGAACGCACUAGCAAGUUGUGACGCUAUCUGCUCCUAAACAGAGAUACGCUGACUCUGAGACAUGGUGCAGAUGACUUGAAAAUGACUUUUCAUAACAUUUCCUACCGGAUGUUACCUUAAGAGAGGUUUGUACCGUUUGACAAGUAGAUUGACUUUGCCUGGAUAGUUGGAUGGGGAAUUGUUCUUUUUUUUUUAAAAAAAAGUUAUUACAUGACACUGCCUCAGACCUUUAUGACCUUUAUUACUUGAAAAGUGUUUACACACCUAUUGCCAAUCGAUUCUUCAACAUUAAGAAACCAGGUGUUCGGAAUCUGAUGGCUUUGUUCCCCUGGUGGGAGGCUAGAAGGGCGUACUUUUGCAGCUCAUCGCGGGGCCUGUGCUCGCCCCAAGCACUGGUCCUACAAUAACCUGCAUGUAUGCAAUGUUGUCAUGACAACUUUGACCUUACUGGUUUAAGUGUGAGUUUUUCCCCCACAGUUUUCCCCAUCUGUUUCGUAUCUUUUCCUUGAAGUAAACCCUAAAAUCAGACCUUGCAAUGCUUAUUCAAUAUAUUUUACAUUUUCAAUUUUUUUACUUUUUUUUUAACGGAAAGAAUACUUGGACAGAUAGUAUGUACUGCAUGUAACUGUUAGGUUUUUUUAAAUUAAUAUUAUUGCCACUUUACAUUAUUAAAGGAUGUAUUAACUGGGUGGUCUUGUCUAAAGGAAAAGUUAAAUGAUUAUUGUCAGCAUUUUCAUUGUGCUUGUUUAACUUUCCUGUCUGCCAUCACGUUUUGAUAUAUAAUCUUAAAAAUAUAAAAUACAAACUUUAUGCGUCGCCAUGUUGUUGAACCUAGCGAAGUGGAAACAGAAAAUGUAUGACUUUGGUGUUUGAAUGAGUAGAAUGUACAUGUUGCUUUCCAAACAAUUAUUAAAAAAAUAAAAGAAAAAGAAAACUCAUCUUCAGUGGACAUGCACUGUGCUUAAUAUCCAUUAAUGUGCCACUCAGUGUAUUUUUCUUUCUAGUUUACAAGAUUCCUAUGGUGUAAUCAUUGAUAUUCAUGCAGAUUUUUUUUAAAUUGCUCCUCUUGUACAAAUACACUGCUUUGGUACACAUA